CUCACGUGCAGUGCGACUACUUUCGCGCUCCAGGGGCUGGGCAUGGCUGGGCACAGGGACCGGCUUCAAAGAUAGCCCGAAGAAGCCUGAUGGCAGCCGAUCGGCAGGUUGACGUGUCCAUUACACUACUCCGAGACAUCCACGUGACAACUUCCGCUAUCACGAAUGGCGUGCUCGAGCAACAUAAUGGCGCCUUCAUGGCGUCAACGCCCUCCGGCGCACGAAUCGAGGUUCUUACUUGCACAGCUCGUAGAACGCGCUUGGACCGACUUCCUCUUUGGGACUGUGUGUUCAACCUGAAUUCUGCCUCGCGUCCGAGGCUCGGACGAUGCUCACUUGUGCCAAGCGCGUCGGGAAGGGGGCCGCGGCUUCUUUCGCACUCUUGACACGGCAUGUGCGCGCUCAUGAGUCUCUUGGGUGACCCCAUUUUCUGCUCAGCGUUUCCUGGGGUGGGGACUUUGAGAGAUGGCCGGCUGCUCUGUCACUCUUAUCUCCGAUACCCGAAGUAGGCUCGUGGUCACCGGACCUUUUGUCUCGUCCUUGCA